CGGCGAUGGCAAAUUUGUCAAGUUCUAGGAUGUCACAGUCUAGUCUGUCAACGUCUGGCUUAACAGUAACUCAAAGUAACUCAGCAUGUGACGACGAAGAGAUUAUUCCGGAAGGGACAAGCAUAUGCUGCUGCUGUAGAUUUCGGGCUGCUGUCUGGGCAUUUAUUAAAUGCGGUCAUUUAUGUCUUUGCAAUGAGUGCAAUCGAAAAAUUGGAGAUCGCUGUCCACUCUGUCGUGAAAAAUCACGAAAAAUUAAAAUAUUUACCAAUCAUCCAUAGUGCAGGUUUAGAUUAAAA